CAAAGUCAUAGGGCGAUUUAAACUCUUGAACGUUCGUGUAAUUUUCAGACAGAAAGGUGCGAUAUGGCAUCAGUAACGGAAUUCAUACCGGACCCCAUCGAUCUCGAGGAGGAUAUCAAACGCAGGGACGAUCUAGCGGAAUCAACCAGACGUGAAAAAUAUAUCGCAGCUCGCAAAAUACAGGCUUGGAUCCGCGGUAUUCUCACUCGCAAUCAUUUGCGACUACUGCACAAAAGCGCGAUCAUCAUUCAGCGCCAUUGGAGGGGUCAUAUAACCCGGGUCGCCGUUGACCUGUACUUGGUUGAACAUGUCCAUCAGUUGUGGCAGAAUUAUUACGACCAAAUGGCUACAAGGAUCCAAGCUAUUUGGCGGGGUUAUUGGGUCAGAAAGACCGUACUCGAUAUUCCUAAAAUGCGGCGCUGGUUGAAAAGCGUUUACGCGAAGAAUCAAGAAACCGUGGAAAAUAUGAGAAAGUUCAGGUAUGAUGUAAUUAAGUACGAAGAAGCUGUCAUGGAACGUGAAUCGAUGCAAUGUAUAUUGUUCAUCCUCUUCAAGCUGCAUCAUUUAUUAAGAACACAUGAACGUCCAGGUGUGAUCACCAGGAUAGACAAAACACGUUUCACCUUCAUCGAGCAGAUGCUGAAGUGUUUCGAAUACAGAAGAUACGCAGGAAGAAAGAGAAGAACCUGUCGUGAUUGUCAAAUAGAUCGUAAACCAACGUUACUCUUAGGAGGAACUUACUACGAAAGGUGUGAGAAAGAAAUUCGAGAAAUCGAGAGGAGUAUCCGAAUUGGAAAGACGCCAGUCUCUAGAAGUAGACCGUACGAGGAAGAUGAGAAAAUCCAACGAAAAUGGAACCAACUAGAUCUCGAGGCUUCGAUACACGAGAAAUACUUAAGAAAUUCAACGUGCAAUAUAGAAAUGAAAGAAGUACGAAAGAAAGAUUCCUGUAAUUUAAAAAUUGAAAUUCCUUGCACUGGAGCGAAGGAUCUUUACAAAGAAAUUGAGAAAAUGGAUUGUCAUUUGAAUCAACUUCGUCUGAGGUGUCCAAUUCACGAACCAUCAUCUUCAUGUUCUACCACUAAAGGUAAACAUUAACACAGAGAAUUAAGAAGAAGUUACCAAACUAACAUGAAUGUAUAUCUUAUCAUUUCUAAAUGAUGCAAAAGAAAAUAGAAAAGAAAGGUUAUUGAAAACAAUCGAUUUUAUUAAUACAUCGCUUUGCGUUCUAAAUACAAAAUACUAAACUGCUACAACUACUUAAAAAAAAACACAAUUAGAUUCUUAUCAGAUACACAUUAGGCCGUGCAAG